CGAAGAAGGACUUCUGAAGAAGCUACACAAAUACUAUUUGCUUCUUGCCUAGAAGAACAGAACUUAGAUUUCUGUGAAGUGGUAGAAGCAAGACUGAGGACUUCAUUCCACUGCUGUCUCUUCCUCAGCUGUGUGGUCAUCUUCUUUACAUUGGUAUCGGUUUUGUGUCUCGUGGCUAUCGCAGUGGAUCGAUUCCUCCGGGUGUACAUCCCUCUCAGGUAUAAAAGGACGGUUACACAGAGACACUCUCUGCUUGUGGUAGCAGCAUGCUGGCUUGUUUCAGUGCCUCUGAGCUUUGCUCCCAUGCUUGGAUGGUACAACCACCACACUUAUGUCUCAGUCAACUCUACCUUUCUGUGCCGGUUUAUAGAUGUGAUCCCGUUGUCAUAUCUGGUUUACUUCAACUUCUUUCUCUGCACCCUGACUCCUCUGUUGGUGAUGACUGCGCUGUACGGCUACAUCUUCUGCACAAUUAGAGGAGUCCUCAGGGUGAAACCAGGCAACGGUGCCCAACAACAGUCUCAAAACUAUUUGAAGAAAGAGAACGAACUGGCAGGAUCUCUAUCUCUGGUCCUGGCUCUGUUUGCUCUGUCCUGGCUCCCUCUCCACAUCAUGAACUGCAUUGCUUACUUUGGUACUCAUGUACCCCACCAAGCUUUCUUUUUGGGCAUCCUGCUUUCUCACGCUAACUCGGCUGUAAACCCAGUUGUGUAUGCAUUUAAAAUCGAGAAGAUCAAAACAGCAUACCUGAAGCUUUGGAGAGAGUUAACUACAUGUGGAAUAGAAAACCAAGGGUCUCAAACAAGCCAGACAACUGACAACCCCAGCAGUAACAUGAUCAGUGGGGCCCAAAUUGAGUGAACCUGCUUGCUUGUAUACAUCUUGAAAUUAAGAGCAAGUAAUGGGUGGACAGAAUGGACUGGAGUGUUUAAAAGAAGAUGUCCUUAUCACAACGAGCCAUCAUUUCUGCGAGUAUUAGCCACAGCUAUCCUAACUUUGCUGUAAAAGAGCUACACAUAAAUCAACCAGUAUGUUUCCGUACAUAGUUAAGGUGGCUGCUUUUAUGGGAACAAAUUUAGCUCAGCUGGUAGAGCGAAUGCCUAUGUAAAGAACAAGGUUAGAAUACUUUUUGAUUUUUCAUUAGUUUUUAUUUUUUAUUUCAUUUUCACUUUCUGUGUUCGAUUCCAGUUUAGUUUUUAUUAGUUUUGACUGCUGGCUUGUUGGUUUAGUUUAGUUUUUAUUU